CUUCCAAGUUCCAACCCAACUCUGCUUCAAUAGGGACGGCAGCAGCGGCGAGCAAUCUCACGGCGCAGACCAUUCAAACCCCCCAAACCCUAACUCUCAUUCCCCACCACCAUGGCCCCGAAGCGCCCGGCCGCCUCCUCCCCCGCCGCGUCGGGCUCGGCCUCCGACGGCGAGGCCGACCCGCCGCACCACGACCACCACUCCCCGUCUCCCUCCCCCUCUCCCUCUCCCUCACCCUCCCCAUCCCGCUCCCGAUCCAAGACCCCUCCACCCAACCUCCACCCCGCCGCCGCCGCGCUCUCCUCCACCCCCAUCUCCGCCGCCAUCGAACGCGCGGCUGCCUCUGCCUCCGCCUCCGAGUCCGAAGGCCGCCUCCCCUCCCCGAGGCGCAGCCACGAGCGCUCCCCCCGCCUCCACUCCGACUCCGACAACUCCGCCGCCGCUUCCGAUGAAGACAACCAUACGCCGCCGCGUCGCUCGGCGCCCCGCUCCUCCCUCAUUGAUCCCUCCGACGUCAGGCCCAUCAGCUCCCGCCCCAUGGACAGCGCCGCCCGCCGCGCCUCCCAGCGGCGCUCCAAGCGCCCUCGCAACACCCUGCUCGCCCUCCCCCGCAGCUCCGUGCUCUCCCUGGACAGGCACAAGCGGCCGCCGCGGGUUUGGAGCCCCCAAGACGAGAUCACCAUACUGCGCUCCCUCAUCUCCUACCGCGCCAAGAAAGGUGUGCUCCCCGCAUCCAACCAGGAGACAGGCAAGCUGCACGACCAGAUUCGUGGGAAGCUGAAUGCUGAGGCGUCUACUACCCAGCUUACUGAUAAGAUCCGGCGGCUCAAGCACAAGUUCCGUUUGCUUGUGGACCGUGCCAAGGAGGGACGAGAGCCAGAAUUGCCAACCACGCAUGACCGUGAUCUCUACGAACUCGGCAAGAAAGUGUGGGGGGUAAAGACUGGUGGUGCUGGUAGUGGCGGAGGAGGUGCUUAUGAGAAUAAUGAGGUUGCUGAGAGCGAUGAGGAGCAAAGGAGUGGAGAGAGUGACGAGGAUAUGGAAGGUGAUUGGGACGACCAGGACCGCAGCAACAAUAGGAGGCCAAAGGCGGUUCCUGUCUCAAAUGGGAUUGUGAAUGCCAUUGCAAUUGGAGGUAGGACUAGGCAUGGAAACAGCAGUGGGAAGGGUGUUGUAGCAAAGGGGAAGGACAUGUACCCAUACCUGUGGGAGGCCGUUGAUGAGCUAUCCAAGGAGCACCCAAGUGGAACGGUGUUCAGGAAGGCCUUUGAUGUGCUGGAAGGGCCAAGGGCACUGGCGAUGGAGGAGAAGCUAGAGAAAUUCAAGCAUUCAGAGAUCAGGCAGCAGCUGCGUAGGAUGGACUUGAUGAAGGAGACGGUGAAGAUGGUGCUUGAUGCACUGGAGGGUUAACUGAGUAGGUUGAAAUUACAUACCAUUGGAUUUGGAUGCAUGGCCAGGUGAGUAUGUUGCUCAAAAAGGGUGAUAACGACAUAAUGUGUCUUUCCAGUUCCUAGUUUAGUCUCAAUCUGAUGUUUUUGGUAUAGAUCUUCGGUUGCUUUAACUUCUGUGGUCAAGCCUAUACUUGCCUCAACCAAAUUUAGGUCUAGAGCAGGAAACAUAGUCCUCUGAAACAUUAUGACCUAUGUUGCUCAGAUACUAAUUUGUGUGAUGUUCGUUCCAUCAUCGCCAUAUUUUUGGUUGUGCUUCUCACUGGUUCUAUA